CCCGCAACUACACACCACUGUUCCGUGUAACUGCGGCUGUUUGGUUGCUACCCCGCAACUACACACCACUGUUCCGUGUAACUGCGGCUGUUUGGAUGCUGGAAUGGGUCGUGUUGUGACGUCGGAGCGCCAGCCUGCCCGUAGUCGUCGCUGCUCAACUCUAUCGUAAAUCGUUGCGUUUAGCAGAGGAGCUAUAAACCUGCUUGUUGCCAGGUGAUUCAGAAUGGGGGAAAAGCCAAUUUGGGAACAGAUAGGAUCCAGCUUUGUGCAACAUUACUACCAGCUCUUUGACACUGACAGGACCCAGCUUGGAGCAAUAUAUAUUGAUGCAUCAUGCCUUACGUGGGAAGGACAGCAAUUCCAGGGAAAGGCAGCAAUUGUUGAGAAACUUUCUACUCUCCCCUUCUUAAAAAUUGCUCACAGUAUAACAGCACAAGACCAUCAGCCCACCCCUGACAGCUGCAUAAUGAGUAUGGUAGUAGGACAACUAAAAGCCGAUGAGGACCCCGUCAUGGGAUUUCAUCAGAGUUUCAUCCUGAAAAACAUUAAUGAUGCUUGGGUAUGCACCAAUGACAUGUUCCGGCUUGCGCUGCACAAUUUCGGCUAAGGACAUCAGAGGUGUGCAGAAAGGAUAUGAGGGAAGGCUGACGACACCUAAAUGCCCAACCUUCCCUCUAUCUUCCAUACCUGUUAGAGAAAUUACACCGGAUUCCAGAUGUCAAUCACAGAGACCUACAGGCACAUAGGCUACAUGCCUCCAACUGAAUUGAGAUGUGUUCCUUUGCUGAGAGCUCGCAGAACCAUCAGUCUCGUUCCCUACGUCAGUGUUUCCUAACCCCAGUACUUGAGUACCCCCAACAUUACAUAUUUUUGUUGUUGCCCCAGACAAGCACACCUGAUUCUACUGUCAACUAAUCAUCAUGCCCAUGAUAAGUUGAAUGAUUAAUUUUUUAAUUUUUUGUCUGGGCCUACAACUAAAAUGUGUGCUGUUUGGGGUAUGUGAGGACCGGAGUUGGGAAACACUGCCCUACGCUGACCUGCAUGAUGCUGGGGAGCUUGAAUAUCUGAAGAUGCCAGAAAAGGAAAAAAAUACCAACCUACCUGCACCAUUUUCUCUUCCAUUUUAGUUUUAUGUUUGGACUCAACAUUUCUUAGAUCCUGUUGUUUUCUCUUACUCCCCUUUGUGUUGUGGCUUGCCUUGGUGUAUACAACUACAUUUAGCUUAUUUUGUUAAGUUUAUAUUAACAUUCAUUGUCAUAUCAGGUUGCUACAGCGAUCCAAAGAAUCAUAGAAAAUAUGGUCAAUAAGACACCCUCCCCUCAGACCAGCAAGUUUUCCAUUUCCUGCUCACUGCUCUCUGUGACAAUGAAUACUAACGCCACGAUACAUAAUAAAAGUUGACAUUUUCUUAAUGAUUUCA